GGACGAAACCAGUCACCUCCUCUACCAAUAACUGCCAUUCUUGUUGGAGACCAUUUCUGUCGCUCUGGUUUCUAUGUGGCUUCCCUAUUGCAUUUUCCCCCAAACGCCACUCCUCAUGUAGCCAUCACCAAGGACUGACGUCGGCUGUAUCUACCCUGAAUCAGCAGCCUGUUCCUGUUACAUCGACGCGCUGGUUUGUCUCUCUGAUCCCGGGGCACCAUGCACUAAAGGGCGAACACAAUAGGGUGAAACCCCACUGAGCCUUCACCACGGAUUCCUGUGCGAGACGCCUUCACUUGGACGCCAUGUCCACCAAAGCCGAGCAGUUUGCUUCCAAAAUUCGAUACCUUCAAGAAUAUCACAACCGUGUCCUACAUAACAUUUAUCCUGUGCCAUCUGGAACCGAUAUAGCAAACACCUUGAAAUAUUUCUCCCAGACAUUACUAAGCAUUUUGUCCCGAUCAGGGAAGAAGGAGAAUCAAGAUGCCUCCAAUUUGACAGUGCCCAUGACCAUGUGUCUUUUUCCUGUGCCAUUCCCACUCACCCCAUCUCUAAGACCACAGGUCAGUUCCAUCAACCCUACUGUUACUCGCUCCCUCCUUUACAGCGUCCUGCGAGAUUCUCCAUCAGAACGAGGUCAACAAAGCCGUGAUGCUCAAUUAUCAGAGUACCCAUCAUUGGACUAUCAGGGGCUUUAUGUGACUUUGGUGACCCUGUUGGAUCUAGUCCCUUUACUUCAGCAUGGUCAACAUGAUCUUGGACAAUCUAUAUUUUAUACAACUACAUGUCUUUUACCAUUUUUGAGUGAUGAUAUUUUAAGUACUUUGCCCUAUACAAUGAUUUCAACUCUGGCCACGUUUCCUCCAUUUCUGCACAAGGAUAUUAUCGAAUAUCUCAGUACUUCAUUUCUGCCGAUGGCUAUAUGUAAGUCUGUGGAACCAAAUGAACAAGUAGGCUCCAGUCGAAGAGAGGGGGGAGUUCCAGCGCAUGUCAACCUUUCUGCUUCUUCCAUGCUCAUGAUAGCAAUGCAGUAUACAUCAAAUCCUGUAUAUCACUGUCAGCUGCUGGAAUGUCUAAUGAAAUAUAAACAAGAAGUGUGGAAAGACUUGCUUUAUGUAAUAGCCUAUGGGCCUUCCCAAGUAAAACCUCCUGCUGUCCAAAUGCUUUUUCACUAUUGGCCAAAUUUAAAACCUCCGGGAGCAAUUACAGAGUAUCGAGGCUUGCAGUACACGGCUUGGAAUCCGAUUCACUGCCAACAUAUAGAAUGCCACAAUGCCAUCAACAAGCCUGCCGUUAAGAUGUGCAUAGACGCCUCCCUGUCUGUUGCUUUGGGGGAUAAGCCCCCUCCAUUGUAUCUCUGUGAAGAAUGCAGCCAAAGAAUUGCAGGGGACCACGGUGAAUGGUUGAUUGAUGUUCUCCUGCCACAAGCUGAAAUAUCAGCCAUUUGUCAGAAAAAGAACUGUAGCUCCCAUGUACGAAGAGCUGUGGUCACUUGUUUCUCAGCGGGAUGCUGUGGUCGACAUGGUAACAGGCCAGUGCGUUACUGCAAAAGAUGUCAUUCUUACCACCACAGCAAUGAAGUAGGGGCAGGGGCUGCAGCAGAGACUCAUCUUUUUCAGACCUCGCCCCCUCCAAUCAACACACGGGAGUGUGGAGCUGAGGAACUGGUGUGCGCAGUGGAAGCAGUAAUUAGUUUGCUGAAGGAAGCUGAAUUUCAUGCGGAGCAGAGAGAAUAUGAGAUGAACCGCAGGAGGCAAAUGGGCCUUUCCUCCUCGCAUCACUCAUUAGACAAUGCAGACUUUGAUAACAAGGAUGAUGACAAACAUGAUCAGCGCCUAUUGAGUCAGUUUGGCAUUUGGUUUUUGGUGAGCCUUUGUACUCCCAGUGAAAACACUCCUACAGAAAGCCUUGCACGGCUGGUCAGUAUGGUCUUCCAGUGGUUUCAUUCAACAGCUUACAUGAUGGAUGAUGAAGUAGGAAGCCUUGUUGAGAAGCUGAAACCCCAAUUUGUAACUAAAUGGUUGAAAACGGUUUGCGACAUUCGAUUUGAUGUCAUGGUUAUGUGCCUACUUCCCAAGCCAAUGGAAUUUGCCAGGGUUGGUGGUUACUGGGACAAAUCGUGCAGCACAGUGACUCAGCUAAAAGAAGGUCUGAAUAGAAUACUUUGCCUUAUCCCUUAUAAUGUGAUAAACCAGCAAGUGUGGGAGUGCAUUAUGCCGGAAUGGUUGGAAGCCAUUCGAACGGAGGUUCCAGACACCCAACUUAAAGAGUUCCGGGAGGUUCUCAGCAAAAUGUUUGAUAUUGAGCUUUGUCCACUGCCAUUUUCCAUGGAGGAGAUGUUUGGAUUCAUUAGCUGUCGGUUUACUGGGUAUCCAUCCUCUGUUCAAGAGCAGGCAUUGCUCUGGCUUCACGUGCUGUCUGAGUUAGACAUAGUGGUUCCACUUCAGCUUCUCAUAAGCAUGUUUUCUGAUGGAGUCAACUCAGUUAAGGAACUAGCCAACCAACGGAAGGUUCGCGUCAAUGAUUUGGCUGGGAACUUUGCAGGCCACCGGGGCAGCGUUGCUUCUGACCCCGGACGACGAGUUCAACACAGUAUGCUCAGCCCUUUUCCUAGUCCAUUUCACAGUCCGUUUCGUAGCCCCAUGCGCAGUCCAUUUCGCAGCCCCUUUAAGAACUAUGGACAUCCUGGAGGAAGGACUGCUGAUUUUGACUGUGAUGACGAUGAAAUGAAUCUGAACUGCUUCAUACUGAUGUUUGACCUCAUUCUGAAACAGAUGGAAUUACAGGAUGAUGGAAUCACUUUGGGCUUAGAGAACAGCCUGUCAAAGGAUAUUAUUUCCAUUAUAAACAACGUAUUACAGGCCCCAUGGGGUGGUUCCCAUACUUGCCAAAAGGAUGAGAAAGCAGUUGAAUGCAGUCUCUGUCAGUCCAGCAUCUUAUGUUAUCAGAUGGCUUGUGAGCUGCUUGAGCGGCUGGCUCCUAAGGAAGAGAUCCGGCUUGUUGAGCCCACUGACAGCCUAGAAGAGAGUUUGCUGUUUUCCAGAGCUGAUUUUAUUAUUGCAACAGAGGGAGAGGAGGACAAUCCAGCAAACAAGCAUGGUGAUAAUCCAGGGAACCACACUGAAUCAACAGACCCUGUAGCCACAACAGCAGUCAAGAAUGAUACAGAUCGAAAGUUCUGUUAUCAGCAGCUCCCUGUGACGCUGAAGCUGAUAUACACCAUUUUGCAGGAAAUGUCAAAGUUUGAUGAACCUGAUAUUCUCUUUAAUAUGCUGGCUUGUCUCAAGAUCCUCUGUCUGCAUGGGGAAUGUCUGUAUAUUGCUAAGAAAGACCACCUGGCAUUUUUAGCAUAUAUUCAAGAGCACAUGCUGAUUUCAAGUUUAUGGCGAGUUCUAAAAUCUGAGUUCUCUCAGCUCUCUUCACUGGGUGCCCCACUGCUUCUCCAUGCUCUCUCACUACCACAUGGGGCAGACAUUUUCUGGACUAUAAUAAACAGCAACUUUAACAGCAAAGACUGGAAAAUGCGGUUUGAAGCAGUGGAGAAAGUAGCUGUCUUAUGCAGAUUUCUGGAUAUUCACUCAGUCACAAAGAACCAUUUGCUGAAGUAUUCUUUGGCUCAUGCCUUCUGCUGUUUUCUGACUGCUGUAGAAGAUGUGAAUCCUGCAGUUGCUACAAGAGCAGGGCUUCUUCUGGACACCAUCAAAAGACCAGCAUUACAGGGUUUGUGCCUUUGCCUUGACUUUCAGUUUGAUACUGUUGUGAAAGACAGGCCAACAAUCCUUAGCAAACUCCUGUUGCUUCACUUCUUGAAGCAGGACAUUCCCGCUCUGAGCUGGGAAUUCUUUGUCAAUAGGUUUGACACACUCUCCUUGGAAGCUCAGCUCCAUUUGGAUUGCAACAAAGAAUUCCCAUUUCCUACCACAAUCACUGCUGUGAGGACCAAUGUGGCCAACCUCAGUGACGCUGCAAUUUGGAAGAUCAAGAGAGCACGGUUUGCUCGUAAUCGGCAGAAGAGUGUACGCUCGCUACGGGACAGCGUCAAGGGACCUGGAGAAUCGAAGAGAGCUUUAUCCCUACCAGAAACACUGAGCACCAAAAUCCCGGUCAGGCUGACAAGACAUGAACAGUCGGCACCAGCUCUUGGGGGAACAGCAGAACAAACACAAGCACAACAGUCUCCGGAAAAUGACAAUAUCAUCAAGGAUCCACUGCCAGAGGAUGCUGGAAUUGACCACCAGACUGUUCACCAGCUAAUUAUUGUAUUAAUGAAAUUUAUGGCAAAAGACAAGAGCAGCGCAGAGGCUGAUAUCAGUAGUGCCAAAGCCUUCAACACUGUGAAACGCCAUCUAUAUGUUCUUCUUGGGUUUGACCAACAGGAAGGCUACUUCACAAUUGCACCACAGAAGAUGCGUACAUCAACUUGCUUCAAUGCUUUCAUUGCAGGAGUUGCCCAGGUAAUGGAUUAUAAUAUUAACCUCGGAAAACAUCUUCUGCCACUUGUGGUGCAAGUACUAAAAUACUGCACCUGCCCCCAGCUGCGUCAUUACUUUCAGCAUCCACCUCGCUGCUCCUUGUGGUCUCUUAAACCUCAUAUUAGACAAAUGUGGCUAAAGGCAUUGCUUGUCAUUCUUUAUAAGUAUCCCUACAGAGAAGCUGACCUGGGCAAGAUUGUCCUUCAUCUGAUUCACAUCACAGUCAAUACCCUCAAUGCUCAAUAUCACAGCUGCAAACCACACGCAACUGCUGGACCUCUCUACAGUGACAACAGCAAUAUCAGCAGAUACAGUGAAAAAGAGAAAGAAGAGGAUAGCGUCUUUGAUGAAUCAGACAUACAUGAUACCCCCACCGGAGCUUGUAACAAGGAAUCCCAAACCUUCUUUGCGCGUCUGAAAAGAAUUGGUGGCAGUAAAGUGAAAUACCAGCCUGUGGAGAUGAAUGCCCAGCGUAGUGACAUUGAACUGUCGGAAUAUAAAGAACCUGGCGCUUUGCAAGAUAGCAUUCUGCGCUGUGCUAGAGAAGAAGGCAUCCAAAAGAAAAGACUGCGCUCACUUAAACAGAAAUCCCUUGAUAUUGGUAACACAGACUCAUUAUUAUUUACCUUAGAUGAACAUCGAAGGAAGUCCUGUAUAGAUCAGUGUGAUAUAACCCAUGCCAUUACUCAUAAAGUUAAUGAUUAUGGUAGGCAAAACUCAUCCAGUGGGCCUGAAAAUGUGGAUGCCAAUGAGAAUUUAUCUACAAGAGAAAGUUUCAAUGAAACAAGAAGACCUGUCAUACCUGAGGUGAGAUUGAGUUGCAUGGAGACAUUUGAAGUGAAAAUUGAUUCUCCAACUAAGCCACCUUCACCAAGAGAAGAUUUGGAUCUGAUAGACCUGUCUUCUGAUUCAACAUCAGGACCAGAAAAACAGUCUAUGUUAUCAAACUCUGAUAGUGACUCCUUGAUAUUUGAGCCAUUGCCACCCUUGAGAAUAGUGGAAAGUGACGAUGAAGAAUUUCAGCUUAUGAACAAUGGCAGUAUUGUUGUGUCUGCUUCUUCAACUCCCAUCAGUGCUUCUGUACUUAGCUUGAGCAUGAUGCCUUUAGUACAAGUAAGCAUAGAGGACUGCUCAAAAGAUUUUGGUACCAGUGAUUUCAGCUUUAAUCCAGUUUUACGAAUUGAGGAUACCCCUCCCCAUUCACUUGAAGAUCAAAAAGACUUUGAAGAACUGUCUAAGCCAGGGGAUGGUCAAGAUGGCUCAAGUGGGAGCCCACUUACACUAAAGCAAAAGAGAGAUCAACUACGCAAGUCCUGUGCACUUGCUGAGACGUCCCUUGAUGACAACUCUGAGGAUGCAAUGGAGGAAAACAAUACUGGAGAAAAGAGUGUACCAUUAAAUGUCACAGAGGACACCGAAAAUCAAACAGAUCCAGGAAAUGAAUCAGACACAGAGCAAAAUGCAGAGCCAAAAGAAGAAGCCGAGGAAUCAGAAUUUAAAAUUCAAAUAGUUCCCAGGCAAAGGAAACAAAGAAAGAUUGCUGUUAGCGCGAUACAGAGAGAGUACUUGGACAUUACUUUCAACAUUUUAGAUAAACUAGGAGAGCAGAAGGACACAGAGUCAGAAUCAAAAGGGCUUUCCAUCUUGGAAAUCCCUAGAGAAUCCUCUUCUGCCCCGACCCUGGAUGCAGUUGUCCCUGAGACUAGCAGCCGCUCCUCCCUGACCACUCAAUACAGACAGAUGAAAAGAGGCUCACUCGGAGCUAUGACAAUGACCCAAAUAAUGAAAAGGCAGUUGGAACACCAAUCAAGUGCUCCACAUAACAUAAGUAACUGGGAUCCUGAUGACCCCAAAGCAGGACAUGAAGUUCUUGGGAGUAUUUCUGAGGUUUCUAUGGGGAGGACAAGCAUUCCUUACAUACAGAUUGGAGCAACCAAAUCCAGCCUCUUAUCAGCACCAAGCAUUGUCAGCAUGUUUGUCCCAGCCCCCGAAGACUUUACUGAUGAUCAACCAACAAUAAUGUCUGACAAGUGCCAUGAUUGUGGAGCUGUUUUGGAGGAAUACGAUGAAGAAACACUAGGCCUUGCUAUUGUUGUUCUGCUGACAUUCAUUCACCUCAGUCCAGAUUUAGCAGCUCCUCUCCUUUUAGAUAUUAUGCAGUCUGUCGGGAGGUUGGCAUCAAGUACAAACUUCUCCAACCAGGCUGAAAGCAUGAUGAUUCCUGGUAAUGCUGCAGGGGUGGCUAAGCAGUUUCUUCGAUGUGUAUUCCAUCAGCUCGCUCCCAAUGGUAUAUUUACCCAGCUGUUCCAGAGCAAUAUCAAAGAUUGGAGCUUCCUGCGGACUCUAGCUAACUCUCUCAUGGAUUUCAGUGAACUCAGCUCUUUUGCUGCUUUGAGCCAACUCUUAGAAGGUCUGAAUAACAAAAAGAACCUGCCAGCAGGUGGGGCAAUGUUACGAUGUUUAGACAAUAUUGCUACAUUCAUGGAAGCACUUCCAAUGGAUUCCCCUAGCAAUCUCUGGACCACCAUCUGUAACCAGUUUCAGACCUUUUUCACCAAACUCCCUUCUGUUCUCCCACUUAAGUGUUCCCUGGACUCCAGCCUGAGAAUAAUGAUUUGUUUGCUGAAGAUCCCAACUUCCAAUGCCACCAGGAGCCUGCUGGAACCCUUUUCUAAGCUUCUAAGUUUUGUGAUUCAGAAUGGAGUAUUCACCCUGGCUUACCUAGUAGAACUGUGUGGCUUGUGUUACCGAGCAUUUACAAAGGAAAGAGAUAAAUUCUACUUGACUCGGAGUGUCAUCUUAGACCUUUUGCAGGCUUUAAAAUUAAAGUCUCCUUUGCCCGACACAAACCUUCUGCUCCUUGUUCAGUUUAUUUGCACAGAUGUCGGAACAAAGCUAGCUGAGUCAACAAUAAUACAUAAACAGAUGAUUGCUUCUUUACCCGGGUGUGGUACAGCAGCCAUGGAGUGCACGAGGCAGUACAUCGGUGAACUGUUGGACUUUAUAGCAGACAUGCAUACUUUAACCAAGCUGAAGAGUCACAUGAAGACUUGCUCCCAGCCUUUACAUGAAGACACAUUUGGAGGUCAUCUUAAAGUUGGUCUUGCUCAGAUUGCUGCAAUGGAGAUAACAAGAGGAAACCAUAGGGACAAUAAAGCAGUUAUCCGGUAUUUACCUUGGUUGUACCACCCGCCUUCAGCAAUGCAACAAGGGCCUAAAGAAUUUAUCGAAUGUGUUUCACACAUCCGCCUCCUGUCAUGGCUUCUGUUGGGAUCCCUCACUCAUGGAGUGGUGUGUGUGAACUCACCUGCACCCUGUAUGCCUAUUCCUCUGGACGCUGGAUCCCAUGUUGCUGAUCAUCUUAUUGUAAUUCUGAUUGGUUUCCCUGAACAGUCAAAAACAUCGGUUCUCCACAUGUGCUCGCUUUUCCAUGCCUUCAUCUUUGCUCAGCUCUGGACAGUAUAUUGUGAGCAGGCAGCGAUUGCCCCAUCGGUUCAAAACCAAAAUGAGUUCUGCUUUACAGCAAUCCUUACUGCUUUGGAAUUCUGGAGCCGAGUGACACCCAGCAUCCUUCAGCUCAUGGCACAUAACACUGUGAUGGUCGAGAUGGUUUGCCUUCACCUUAUAAGUUUAAUGGAGGCUCUGCAGGAAUGCAAUUCGACUGUAUUUGUUAAGCUUAUACCAAUGUGGCUCCCCAUGAUCCAAUCAAAUAUUAAGCAUUUAUCUGCAGGGCUACAGUUGCGUCUCCAAGCAAUUCAGAACAAUGUGAACCAACAGAACCUAAGGAUGUUACAGGGGUCAGCACAGAUUACCCAUAAUUCUGCAGUCCUGCGCAAGUGGCUGCAGUGUACGCAAUUCAAAAUGGCUCAGGUAGAAAUCCAAUCAUCUGAGGCUGCCUCACAAUUUUAUCCCUUAUAAGGAAUACAUCUCUGAUAUACCUCCUGAUCCAUGGUUCCUGAAUAUCUCCCAGAUGUAUGACUCCAUUAUCUGCCUGAUGUUUUCUGAAUUAUAGCCCUCUGAUUAUAUUAUCACCUCAUUAUCAAAGUUGUAUGUAUGGGAGUGGUGCAUCUCUGUAUUUGUUAGUCUUGAUUAACAAUACAAUGGACUCUACAAUAGAGACAGUGUCAAUAAUUCUGUCUGUAUUUCCUCCCUCUAGUUUUGGAUUUUACUAAACUAUUUUUGUCACCUCCAACACUACUUUUUAAGCAUCCCUUGCCUUUUCCUCUCAAGCAACCCCUCUCUACCCAUCAGUGUACUCUAUAGUACACUACCAAUGUUGUCACCUAAAUGACAGCUGCCAAUGCACUUGGCAGUCUAGGUUGUACUGAGUUGAGUUCCAAGAUCAGUAGGCUUUGCUUACAUAUACGUCCAGACUGCAUAAAUAUAUUUUAGAGGAAUAUUGAAGCAGACAAAACACAGCAUAAGUAUGCAUGGAUACAGAGAUAUGAAAAGGACUUAUUUACCAACCUAAUUCAAUGUGCAAAAGAUUUGUGCAGAUCACCAUUUUGUUUACCCACAAUGCAGCAUUUAUCCCAGAAUUUUCAUUUAAUCCAUCUUACCAACAAAACAGUGCAUGCUGCAACUGCACAUAAUGUAGCAAUGUAGGUUCAAAACCUGAAUCUGUUUGGUAAAUUAAGCACAAGCUUGAGGCAGUUUUCAGUGCAUCAUUUCCAGUGCAGUGACACGCAGGGCACCAGAAGCAGCAUUUACAUGUAAGUCAUUAGGUGCAAAUAAUUAGGUGCAAUACGAGACACAAAAGGGGGAAUGUAAUAUAUGUCACUAAUGGAAAAACCAGAGCCGGGCCAUGCUGGGCAGGCCCGGCAGUCGCAGUGCCUAUUUAGCGUACACGUGCGCGCAUGCGCGAAUUGGCGCACGCAUGCGCAGAAUCGUACAAAGCGCAAACACUACGUAGUCGGCCAGACAAGGGAACCGGAAUUGGGGUAGGCGACAGAGGAGGUACGUGCCUGGCGCCCUCCCAGCUUUGCGCCCUAGGCACGUGCCUACUCUGCCUACCCCUAGUUCCGGCCCUGGGAAAAACUAUUCGCAAUGCAAAAAGUUAUGCCUUUGUGCGAACAAAUUUUGCUUUGCGUAAAUUUAAUAUAGAGUUUGUGAACACGGAAACUGUUUAGCGACCACUUCCGACAGUGGAAGACCGUUUGCGAAUUUUAUAGUUUGCGCCAAUGCGCAUUCAAUGUAAUAAAACUUCUU